AUGGCGCCUCCUACUGGUCCUCGUGCGGGCACCGGAAGGGCUCCUCCUCGUGGACCCCGAGCAACAGGCGGCGGCAGUGGUGGUGGAAUCCAGAAGCGUCGCGCCAACCCGAGAACUGACCGAGAUGGAGAUGUGUCGAUGGAUACUCCGGCUGGUGGCUCUGGCAGGGGCGGGUCGGCUUCCGGUGGUCGAGGACGUGGCUCCAAAGAUGCCCGUGGUGGAAGAGGUGCGGUGAACUCCCGGACAUCAUCCCGGGUUGUGCAAAACCUACAGAACUACGUUAGCGGAGGUCCCGUCGGCAAAACACAGUCCAAAAAUAUGGCAACACUCAAGAUUCACGGCAUGAGCAACAGCAAAGCCACCGGUAAUCCCGAUGGAGGGCUGCGAUCCCUUCUCACCUUUCUGGAACGAAAGGCUUCAAAAGACAAACCAAUUACAAUCGGCAAGGUAUAUUCUCCCAUCUAUGGACCUCCCCAAGCGCGCGAUAUUUGCAACUACGAUAAACGCAUUGUGGACGGUGAUUAUGUUUGGAUCACAGUCAGGAAGGAUGAUGCCCCGGAGAUCUUGAGGCUCAACGGCUUCACCUAUGCCGGUGCACCCCUGACGAUUACGGAAACCUCCGAGAGGAUGCCUCGCCCCGAAGACAAGAUUUCCAAAGCUGCCGAGGAGACCAAGCAGAAAUUGACUUCUGUGCUAGCUAGGCGCUACAAUCCAGAGUUGAAGCUGCUUGACUUAUCUUCUCUUGGCACAGAUGCUAUCCUCAGCAGCAUGGGCACCUUUAAUUCCAAGGAUCUGGCCGAAAAGGCCUUCAAGGUCCUGGUGGUUCUUGCUAGUCAACAGUACAAGACCGCUUCCGAAAAGCGGGAAGGCAUACAAGCCGUUUCCCUUGCCAGCAACGGCCUUAACGACGUCGUGCAGGUCUUCGACCUUGCUAAGUCACUCCCCGAUAUUAAGAGACUUGAUCUCAGCAGCAACAAUCUUGACAGUCUGUCCAAGAUCGCGAAAUGGCAGCAUCGCUUCCAGCAUCUCGAAGAGCUCCAUCUCACAGGCAACCCCAUCACAACCCAGCCCGACUUCGUGGCAGAACUCAUCAAAUGGUUCCCAUCGCUCCAGAACAUCAAUGGACAAAUUGUUCGCAGUCCAGAAGAAGUUGCCGUGGCCCUCAAGGGUAUGCACCCUACGCCACUGCCACAGUUCCCAUCCAAUCUCCGGGACGGAGAGGCCAACGUGGCGAGCAUCUUUGUCCAAGUAUUCUUCCCCAUGUUCGACACUGACAGGGCUCGCCUCGCUGCCGAGUUUUACGAUGACGACUCGUGGUUUUCGAUCCAAGCCAUCGCCAACUCGGGUCGUAACCUCCCCUGGAAGACAUACCUUAAAUACUCUCGGAACGUUCACAAGCUGGGAGAGAAGAACCCAGCAACGGUGCAACGACUCUUCACUGGUGGAAAUCUGAUUGCGGACAUGUGGAAGGCGCUCCCCAGUACUCGGCAUCCAAGCAUGGAGAACCCAGGUGCAUGGCUAAUCGACUGCCACACCUUCCCCAACCUCGCAGACCCUACCGGCCACGGCUUCGCUACGGGAUUGCUCAUCACCGUCAAUGGCCAGUUUGAGGAGUCCGAUACUACAGAAAACCUUUACGGCAAGCGCACCUUCACGCGCACCUUCAUCCUCGGACCUAGCAAGCCGAGCAACCCCCCGCCGGUGCACCCAUACCGGGUCAUUAGCGAUCAACUCACACUUCAUGACUGGACACCCGCGGAGUUACCUGCUGUACAGGCCCCUGUCAUCAACCAGGUCCCGCAGGCUCCGGUUGCCAACGCCAUGCCUCCAGCAGGACCUGUGAUUCUGGACGACGUUACAAAGAACCAGCUCAUUCAGGAGGUCAUGAAGCGGACUGGCAUGACGGCAGAAUACUCGGAGUUGUGUCUCAGCGGCACUGCCAACUGGAACUUUGAGCUGGCACUCAAGUCAUUUGAGGAGCAGAGGGCGAACCUGCCACCCACGGCAUUCAUCAACGCUGUCUAG